GGAGGAGGAGCGGCGGGGUUAUGAUGAGGCCUCCGGGAGGCGCGUCUCGUCUCGUCGACACGACGUCGAGCCGAUUCGUUGCAGAGUGGGGAGGAAGAACAUCCCUUCUGCCGCCAUGGAGCGAUCGUCCAGAAGGGACUGUCGCUCGCGGGUACACGGCCGUCUUCGAUGGCGCGCUCAGUGAGCCUGCGACAUAUUCUCCUGCCCAUCAUGAUGGCAGUGGAUGAGAAUUCGACUGCUAUUCUAUUCUAUUGCAUUCGAACGCUCUUCCCCGGAGCGCUUUCGCGGCAGAUUUAAGGAACCGGCUUUUCGUGUUCUACCGCAAUUCCUGACAGUUUGCGUUCGUCGAGCUCGCAUCGACUAGCUCGAUGGUCGAUCCCGGCAGAGGUUGCGGAGAGGAAUGGCAUCGUACGGGCUCGUGGCACUGGCUAUGCCCUCCGCUUCGUACUCCAUGUCCAAGGAGCGGAGCCUGACUGAAUCUGCAGGGACGCCGACUGGCGGACUCGUCGAGCUCCUCGACUGCGUUCGCUGACGGUGUUCCUGGCUUCUGAUCAAACAAUCAUCUGCGUAAACUCCAUACACUCCUUAAAAUCCUAAAGCCUGGUUCAGGCAGAAGCUGUGCCGUCCGCGACGUCGUCACCACCAUCUCCUCUCCUGGAGUAAAUGUGAAACCAGCUCUCAGAGCCUCUCGAUGUUACAGCUGAUGCUUCAAUCAUGUGUCAAAUUCCAUCUGUACAAACGCUUGCAGGCCUCAGCGAAGCGGUACGCAGAGCAGCCACAGGCUAAAUUCAGUCUGAGUACCGUUCGGUGGGCCAAAAAAAGGAGAACAUAUCUUCGAUUAGAGUAUGAAAAAGCCGUCUCUCCGUGGGCCCGGCCAGAAGUUGUAGGGUGUCUGUGCGGAAGAUAACGCUGAGGGCCAGUAGAAAAUGAAACCCGUAGUGGAAUCCAACCCUCGGGGGCAUGGUGGUGAAAUCGAGACUUCAGAACUGUCACAGCCGUGGUUGCUUUGAGCUUAAGGCCAGAAAAAAGCGAAAGGACCGGAGUAAUGACCACGUGCAUGAAAUUGAAUGCCCCGACCGCCUCCCGCACGGUCUCCGUUCCCAUUCGAGUAUCAUCAUAACAAGGGUCGUUGGAUGUCUCGGGUAAACGCCCUGUUCGACUGUAUACCAGUUCAAGUAAAAACAGUAGAAAAGAGAAAUGCCUACCUUUUGAAGGCCAUCUCCAGCAAGAGAUGUGGUCGAGAGCGCUCUCAACAUCUCCAUCCGCGGUCUGAACCAUGACUACAACAAUUCUGUGCAGACUUACCAGAACAG